GCAUCACUACGUUGUUGACCUUAUUCAUUUACCAUAGAAAAAAGGUAGGUAGCUAUGGAUACAUAUAAAUCCCAUUUUCCUACCCUCUUAUAAAUUCCAACAAAUCGUUGUUGACUUCAUCAACAUUUAUGUUAUGGAUGGCAUGCGAGCCUCCUUUGUAGACUUUAAGAGUCCCUUUCUGCAAAAGUUUCACCGAUUUGAGUCCAGAAAUUUUGAUUGGCACCACUUGGUCAUCAUCUCCAUGAAGCACCCGAACAGGUACAUCAAUACGCUUCAAGUCUUCGGUGAAGUCGGUCUCGGAGAAAUCGCGGAUGCAAUCGAAAGCAGAUUUGAAGCUGGUAGCCAUACCCUGCCGCCACCAACUACAGAUUUGUCCCUCACUCACCUGAGCGUUCUCUCUGUUGAAGCCAAAAAAAGGCCCCCUAGGAAUGUCAAGGAAAAACUGAGCCCGGUCCUUGUGCAUCGCUUCACGAAAACCAUCGAAAACAGACCGGUCUAGACCAUCGGGGUUUGAAGCAGUCUUUACCAUCAAUGGAGGCACAGCACAGACAAGAACUGCUUUCUUGACCCUGCCUGUCCCAUGUUUUCCAAGAUAGUGAGUCACCUCGCCACCGCCAUGGGAGUGGCCGACCAUGACUGCAUCUUUCACCUGUAGAUGCUUAAACAACUCUUCUAAGUCAUCCACAAAGGUCUCCAUAUUGUUUCCAUCCCAAGUUUGCGUCGACCUUCCAUGGCCUCGACGAUCAUGAGCAAUCACUCGGUAGCCCUUAUUUGCCAGAAAAACCAUCUGGUUCUCCCAAUUGUCACUGCUCAAAGGCCAUCCAUGAGAGAACGUGACAAUUUCACCAUCAGCGUUACCCCAGUCUUUGUAGAAUAGUUCGGCUCCGUCGCUUAGCUUUAAAAAUGGCAUCAAUGAAUGAUUAAUGGAAAGUUAAGAUAAAAUUGAUCUGGGUUGAAGUUAGGUUGCUAAAUGGUCGUGAAUUUGUACCAGAUCUGCAUUGCGCCAAUUGACAUACCACCUAUGAUUAGGCCAUGAAAAGGUCUUGUCAUUUAACAAACAACACCAAAUUUGGAUAAAUGGCCUAAGCACUCCUCAGACUUCAGUUGACUUCCCAUUUGCGAAGAAGAAGGCAAAUUGUUUGACAUGAUGUAUUAUGUAAUCAACAUGCGAUAGUGGUUAUCUCAAAAAUUUUAUGCAAGAGCAGAAUUAUUAAAAGGUGCACGACGAGCCGGAAAUAGUAGUUCAUGUUCGGAGUUAGUUGCAAAAUCCAUGUGGAGGCAUAAUCUGAAAUGAUACUUAAGGGCGUAAGAUUUACAAGUUGACCAUCUUGCCAUGUCCCAAAAAUUUAUUUCAUUUGCGUGGAAUACUAUUCCUGAAGAUAUUCAUACUCGUCUUGGGAGUUCAGGUCUUCAGAUUUCCAAAAUAAUCUUAGGAUGCAUGUCCUUCUGUAGUGAAAGCUGGGUCGAUUUUGUCCUCGAAGAUGAAGACCAGGUUUUCAAUAUUAUGAAAAAAGCAUAUGAUAGUGGCAUUCGUACUUUCGAUACUGCAAACACAUACUCGAACGGGUUUUCUGAAAUUUUAUUAGGGAAAUUCCUCAAGAAGUAUAAUAUUGAUAGAAGAACUGUCGUAAUCAUGACCAAGUGCUACUUCCCAGUCAACGAGUCAGACCCUGAUGACAAUAUUGCGUUCUCCAAAGUUACUGAGGGCUCGGACUAUAUCAAUCGUGUUGGGCUCUCUAGAAAAGCCAUAUUAGACGCAGUUGACAAAAGCGUGGAAAGACUAGGCACCUAUAUUGAUCUUUUGCAAAUUCACCGUUUUGACUCUGAGACACCGAUUGAAGAAACGAUGGAAGCAUUGCAUGAUGUUGUAAAGUCUGGAAAGACUCGUUAUAUUGGGGCCUCGACAAUGAGAGCUUAUCAAUUUAUCGAAAUGCAACAUGUUGCUGAAAAGCAUGGUUGGACAAAGUUCAUUUCCAUGCAAAGCUAUUAUUCCCUGUUCUUCAGAGAGGAAGAAGAUGAAUUGAUUGCAUACUGUAAGAAAACAGGCGUGGGAUUAAUCCCAUGGUCGCCUUUGGCUGGAGGAAUACUUACUAGGCCAUACGACAGGACAUUGAAUACAACCAUCCGUUCGAGCAAUCCUAUGGUGACGGGGAUGUUAGGCCUCAACGAGUUAACUGAAAAAGAUAAGGUGCUUCUUGACCGAGUUGAAGAGCUUGCUGCCAAACACGAGGUGAGUAUGGCCACCAUAGCAACAGCUUGGUGUCUUGCCAAAGAUCAUUAUCCGAUCCUGGGAAUCAAUAAACCUGAAAGAAUUACCGAUGCUUUAGCAGCCAUAAGCCUCAAACUCACAAAGGAAGAGAUAACCUAUCUUGAGGAACCGCAGGUUUCCAGAAAACUUACUCGUAUGUACAUUUGA